UAAAGCCCUAAUAAAGCCCGGUAAUGUCUGUAAACAUUGUUUAAUUCCUUUAAAACGACCAACACCUCUAUAAUAUUUUAGAAACCGAAUAUUAGGAAGCAGAUGGGCUGUUCAUUUCAACCUGCCUGCCAAUCUGCACGUCUGUCUGCUGAAAGGAUCGAGGUUCGGAAGGGAUUAAUCACCGCUACCUUGCCAACAAGCCUUUUCCGCCCGAGGACCAAUUGCAUAACCGUGUUAUACAAUAAAUACAUCUCCACUAAACCGUUAACAGCGGAAUAUGCGAGGAAGUUUGUCAACACGCUGCAGAAAGGGACUAAUUUCGCUCGGUGUGCGUCGUCAGGGAACUGCAUCUUCAUCUGCCCCCGCCGCCACUGAACUGGCGAACAGUUCUCAUCUUCUUCCUCCUCCUCCUUCUCCUCCUCUUCCUUCUGUUUUCUGCGGGGCUGGGGGAAAUAAAAGUCAGGGUCCAGUAGGAGUUUAGACUGCCUGGAAAAGACGCGCCCACUCUUGGUUACGUUGCGCAUUUCUUUGGGAAAGAAAGAAAACCUGCUCCGAUCCAGUCUUGGCUGAGCAUCCAGAGCGGAUUGUUUCAUGGGCAGGAUACAGUUUUUCUACUGCUAGAAAUAUCUGUUUUAGUAAAUGAUCGUCUAAAGAUGGUUCUUCAAAGGAUAUUUCGUGCUGUCAUCAUGGGACCUCCGGGGUCGGGGAAAGGAACAGUGUCUGCACGCAUAACCAAAAGUUUUGGACUGACUCACCUUUCUAGUGGGGACAUUUUGAGAGCCAACAUCAACGCUAAAACCGAGCUCGGCCUGUUGAUGAAGUCCUGUAUUGAUCAGGGUCAGCUGGUACCCGAUGACGUCAUGUCCCGUCUCAUCCUGAGUGACCUGAGAACAUUGGGCCAGAGCAGCUGGCUGCUCGAUGGUUUCCCUCGUACAGUUUCCCAGGCAGAGGCUCUGGAUGACACCUACAGUGUGGAUACAGUUAUCAACCUCAAUGUUCCUUUCCAGACCAUCAAACAGAGGCUGACUUCUCGCUGGACUCACCUUCCCAGUGGCAGAGUCUACAACAUAGAUUUCAACCCACCUAAAGUUCCUGGUUUGGAUGAUGUGACAGGAGAACCACUGGCCCAGAGGGAUGAUGACACACCAGAGACAGUGACACGGAGACUGAAGUCCUAUGAAACCCAGACAGAGCCUGUUUUAGAGUACUACAGGAGUAAAGGUGUGCUAGAGACCUUCUCUGGGACAGAAACCAACAAGAUCUGGCCACAUGUCGAGGCUUUCCUCCAUAGACGACUCACCUCUGUCAAUCAAAAAGUUGCAUAGAGAGCCUGAAGAGAAAGGUGCAAUAAGUCUUUAAGUUUACCAGCAGAACCCACUCUGUACGCAUCGUCCAAUCAAGGUGUCACUUUCUGUGAAACAAGAGGAUAGCUGUCUGUGUGAUAAACUACUCUGAUGGUUCAACCUGUCGUCAGGUAUCAAUAGUAAAACUACAGAUGCUGUUGGAGAAACCCCACAUUUGAAGUGCAUGUUGUACUACCGUUGCACUGUUUCCACAAUGUUGCUGAAAUCACUUUGGCAAACUCUCAGGACGUGUGCAUAAAUUCCUUCAAACAUUAGUCGUUAGAAAUCACACAGAUUGUAUCUCUUCUAUGAUGUGCCUUUAAAGAGCCACAAGGCAUCACUGAAUCAAAUAUUAAUAUCCCUCAUGAUGAGAUGUUGCAGUACGACAGGAACAGUUGUUUUGGCUGGUCCUGUCUGGUGAAUGCAGUCAACCUUAAGGAGGAGUGGAGUAGUGUAUACAUUUUUAACCUUUACGUUUUCUAGUUGCAAUCAUGAAUUAUUUUCUUAGUUGAUGGCAAUUGACAAUAUUGUGGGCAUGACUAAGGUAUUUGUAACUGCCUUAUCGGGACUGUUUGUAAUGCAGUGGGUAGUUGCUCUAAAGGGAAAUGUGCCAUGUUCUUUAGCAAAUUUCACUUUUGCACUCAAGUGCCUCUCGCUGCUUUUGGAAAAGUACCAGAUAGCUCAGUGAAUGUGGUUUGUAAAUACUUUCAUGAAUAUGGACCACUGAUUGAAUAAUGUUUGAACUGACUUAUUAGGCUAUAUUGAAUAUUUUUUAACUUCAAAUUAAACCAUCAUUGUUUAACAGUUUCUUUCAAACACCUCAAGUCUUAACAGUGUUGCCUCUUGAAUGCGCCGCUUUCCAUUUUAACCAGGCAUUCUGACCAAGUCUAUAAACAUGUAUUGAUGUUUGCCAUUUACUAUGACUUGACAAGUGAAAACUUAACUGUAAACUAUAAUAACAUUCAAAGCAAAGGAAGCCUGUCGUCUUGUUAGAAUGUAUAAUAGCGUUCAAGGUUGAUCUGCAGUUGUGUAUUUGCACUUUGGUCUUAAGAAUGUUUCACCAUGUUAAAAGCCACAGAAAUGCUAGUCUGCCUCGCAGUGUAGUACAGAUUUAUGCAGUGAAUGUUUCCUGAAUUGUACAGUGUGUAUUUCUAGACACUUGAAUACAAUGUGUAAAAGCACAUCUCCUCUUCAUAGACAACUUACAACUAUGUCGUGAGUAUUUAUUAUGGAUCACAAUAAACUUCUGAGACUAGU